CUGAAAUUACCACAUCGGCUGGCUUGAACCGGCGCACAAGAAAGGCAUGGCAUCAUCAACCGGCGGCAAACCGAAAAAACGGGCACACAUCCUUCGUUCCGGGAACGCCGGGAACUCAUCCAAAUCAGCCGCUCCCACUCCACCGCCGGAACCAGACAAUGGUCGACCACCACCUCUGUUUCCACCGGGUUCAAAAACCCCAGUCCAACUUCUCCAUGAGCGAUGUCGACAUAACAAAUGGGAGAAACCUUCGAUCGAUAUUAGACGGUUCUCUGAGGGUUUUACAGCUGUGGUCACCCUGGUAAAGACAGACAAGAAGGAUGCAUCACUCAGACACACCGUUCGAAUGGAGCCUCGUCCACCUCUGAACCGAAAGACCGGGGAGGAAGCGAAGCAUUGGGCUGCAACUUAUGCGCUAUUCAGAUUUUGCAAUAACAUGCCUUUACACCGCGUGCUCCCACCAGGUCCCAAGGAUUAUUGGGCAACUCUUGAACAAGAGAAGAAGAGUGCUCCCGCUCAUCGAGAUUGGGAGUUUGAUCCAGAUCCCUUCCAGGCCGCAGUUGAAGUGAAAAAGCGGCAGCAGACACGAGAGCAGAAGAUUGAACAAUCUAACAAUAAUCAAGCGGGCGGAACUCAAGGCGAAGAGAAGAAACCACUCCCUAAGUGUUGGUCACUAGCACCUGAGGUCAAGAUGGACCAUGCCUUGCGAGAUCAAAUCGAGCAAAUCAUUAGAGGCCUCCUUACUCGCAUCCACAUACCCGAGUCGGAGCCAACAUCUCAGAACGGACAGCCAGAUAUUCAAUAUACUUCGCGACUGUCUUCGCUCGAAAGUCAAAAACUUUCCGACGAAUUAAUCAAGAUGGGAUUCCGACCUGGACACGUCUCCUCAGCUCUAGAUCAUCUAUCCAAGAUUCACAAUGCCUCAGGAUCAGCUUCCCAAAACAAAACCUCCCAGUUAGCCCGCACUCUUCUGAAAAGCUUUCAAGGAUCCAGUGAUCGUGAUGCGUUGCUUCAAUAUUUGACUGUCGUAGUCCCCGAAGAUGACCUUCCUAUCCGAUUCCGACCCACAGAAAAAUCCGCAUCAUUUGUAACUGCCAUGUCAAGUGGUGCGGGAAGGGGACCCCACGGGCAAAAUUUAGAAAUAAAAUGGAUGGUUGAGCGACUGAAUAGACUCCAUGGGUUUCCGUUAGAAGCUAUUUCAACUACGCUCAAUGGUCCAGUGGGAGCUCAGGAAAGUGUGGCGUUGGAAACUCUGGCACGCCGGCUAGCAGGUUGGGAUGCUGAUAGUCCGUUGAAACACGCCGAUAUCGCAAGCCAAGAAACUCCUGAAGUCAAGGAGAUCCUUCGAUCAAGGGACCAGAAACGUGCGAUAGAAAAAGAAGCCCUAGAAUCUAUUUAUGGUGGUGAUCGAUAUCGAACAGUGUCUGAAGCACCAGGAACUGACUUUGAAAUCUUGAUACUAUCAUCUCAAUCUCAGGCAAAAGAAGAUUUGUGGCUUCGGAUUAUAUUUCACCCACAAUCGUUGUACCCCACCGCCACGUCUUUGAUAUCGAAAGCAUGUAUACCGACGUUUUCCAUCGUCUCAUCCACUGUCCCCUCAUACUUGAGGCUUGCUCUCAUGAAGAAAACUCUCGAACAAUUUGGUGAUCCAACAAGCGGAUGGUCUUCGAUGCUGGAUGAAGGUGAAGGAGGCGUGAUAUUUGAGAUGGUUAGCUACCUUGAAGAAACGUGGUCUCUGCUGGCCAAAGAACCGCCAGACGUUGCCGAUGUUAUGUAUAAUUUCGUUGUGGAGAAGCAAUUGCCUCAAUCACCAUCUACACCCCCAAUCGUGGCACGGAACAACUCUCGUGGCACUCCGAAGCAGCAAACAAAAGCACUCACAUUAACGCGGAUACCUGAAACAGAUCAACGGCUAAUGAAAGAGCAGUGCGCCUUAAUCGCAAACCCCGCCUAUGCGACCGUUUCCAAAGACCGCCAAGGUCUCCCUGCUUGGUCAAGUCGCUCGGAGUUCCUGGAGGCCCUGUCAGAUCCUGCUGUUCGCGUCGUGGUCGUUGCAGGCGAGACCGGUAGCGGAAAAACUACCCAGCUGCCUCAAUUUAUUCUAGAGUCCGAAUUUGAGGCGGGACGUGGUAGCGCAGUCAACAUUAUUUGUACCCAACCACGUCGAGUGAGUGCAAUUGGGGUCGCGACACGUGUUGCUAGUGAAAGACUUGAGAACAUUGACGAUAAAGACGGUGUUGUUGGGUAUGUGAUCCGAGGCGAGAAAAGAAGUGGCCGUCAUACGAGACUAUUGUUUGCAACAAGUGGUGUACUUCUCAGGCGCUUAGCUACAAGUGAUCCCGACCUUUUAGGCAUUUCACAUCUAUUUGUAGAUGAGGUUCACGAGAGGAGCAUGGAGGGCGACUUGCUUUUGCUUGAGCUACGAGACAUUCUGAAAAGAAAUACAAAGAUUAAGAUCGUACUAAUGUCAGCAACUGCAAACCAAGAUUUGUUUGUCAAAUACUUCGGAACAGCCACAAGGAUCAACAUUCCUGGAAUGACUUACCCGGUAAAGGACUUUUACUUGGAAGACUAUUUAAAACGGCUUAAAUAUACCCCAGCCAAUGCUAAAUCACGACCCGAUCGCGAUGCAGCGCAGAGGAAGCAAACUGAGGCGCUCUGUAAAGGAUUCAUGGCGAUGGGCUACAACGAAACCGAAAGCCGGUAUCUCGGCUCAGCUUCCAAAGCGGCUCGCACCAUUGACGAACAAUUGAUCGCGUCCAUUGUUAUGGAUAUCCUGAAUAGCGACCCUUCUCAGCAGAGCAGUGGAAACUUUGGCGUGGUCUUAGUUUUUGUUUCAGGAGUUGCCGAAAUUUGCGCUGCAAUCAAAGCUAUCGAGAAUCUUUGCAGAAAGCGGGUUGAAUGUCUUCCCUUACACAGUCAGCUAUCGAGCGCUGAGCAGAAAAGGGUCUUCCGCCCAGUCCAUUCUUCGCGAAUGAAAGUAGUUGUGGCGACUAACAUUGCCGAAACGUCUAUAACAAUACCCGACGUGCGCUACGUGAUUGAUAGUGGUCGAGAAAAGCAAAUGGAACUCGACCAGGAGGUUGGGAUGACACGAUUGGUUGAAGUCAAUUGUUCGCAAGCGGCCGCCAAACAAAGACGUGGUCGAGCUGGUAGAACGACCGCUGGGGUUGCGUAUAAGCUUUUUACCAGAAUUUGUGAACGCGAAACAAUGUUAGUUGAUACGAAGCCUGAAAUCUUGCGCACUCCAUUGGAGGCUCUGUUCCUCCAAGUCAAAGCAAUCAGAGAGAAAGAGGAUGUACCGACUUAUUUACAAAAAGCGCUCACUCCGCCACUUCAAAGUGCUGUAGACCGGGCCAUUGAGAAUCUAGAAGUUGUCGGGGCAUUCUAUGAUGGCUCAUUGACGGCAUUGGGAAAGCAUCUUGCCCAACUACCGCUCGACCUUCGUCUCGGCAAACUUCUGAUUCUGGGUGCAAUAUUUAAGGUUUUUGAACCAACGUUAACAUUGGCCGCUAUGCUUUCGGUCAACAAGCCACUUGUCAUCAGUUCCUUUGAAAAACGAGAAGAAAGUAGCCUGGCAAGACUGAAGUUUAAGGUGGCCAACAGCGAUUUGCUGACCAACAUCAAUGCUUUUGAUGAGUUUAUCCGUAUCCAACGUGAAUCCGGCAGUGGCAGCGCGCGGGAAUUUUGUGAAAGAAACUUUUUAUCUAUGUCAACGAUUCGAGACAUAAUCUCAACUCGCUCAGAUUUGCUCUCACAAAUGCAGGAACGAGGAUUUGUUCCCAAAUCAUAUGGAAAGAAUAGCAUGCACAGAAUAGCUCUCGUGACUUCAAACAGUGGCGAUGGUGCCGAGGAACUCAAUUUGAACAAGAAUAGUGACAAGUUGAAUUUGGUCAAAGCAGUCUUUGCGGCUGGAUUGAGUCAAGUGGUUCGGAUCGAAGUCCCACAAACCAAAUAUGAUCAGAUUGCUAGCGGAACCAUAGAGAAAGAUGUGGACUCGAAGGCUGUCAAGUUUUACGAUCCAAAAAUUGGACGCGUAUUCCUACAUCCAUCUUCGAUCUUGUUCAAGUCCGCUCAAGAUUUGAAAGCUGCAUUCUUAGCUUAUUUUUCGCGAUCAGCUAGUGGUUCAGAUGCCAACUCCAAAGUCUUUUUACGUGAUGGAACCACGGUUCCUCUCUUUGGGAUGUUACUAUUGUUUGGCUCCGGCUCGAUCAAACUAAACCACGAGCGUGGGGGGCUAUCGAUCCAAACGAGAUCGAUGGAAGAUGGCCGAGAGACGAACGAGAACACAAUCAAACUCCGGGCACCGAUGCGGAUUGGCACCUUAUGCAACCAAUUGAGACAUCUCUUGGAUACACUUCUGCUCAUCGUCGUCGAUCAACCUCAAAAACUCUCCAAUAAUUGGGAUAACGAUCUCGAUGCGCAACAAGUCAUUGAAUGUGUUGUCAACUUAAUUCAGUCUGAUGGAUCUGGCUCUGUCAUAUGA